GCUCAGUAUAGGUCGCCGGCUGACGCGCGCCGCAGUCGGAGCCUCAGAAGCGCGGGUGCAGGGACAGCGCGGGGCUGCCGAAGGCGACAGCUUCGUCACGAACUAACAUUUGCGCUCCGGGUUCCCGGGCCGCCGCGCCGGGGCUGAGCGGUGGGCACCGCGUAAGAACGAAUCUUUGUGACAUUCUUCCUCCGCAGCCCCCUCCCCUGUUUGCUGCAGACUUGGACCAACACUUCUCUCAGCUGUUGGCAUCGUCCUGAGAACAGGACAGUUUCCAAAGUCAGAGAACUGUCAGGAGGCUCGGGACCUAUGGAUCUUCUGAAGAUUGCCCUUCGUUCUGGUGAAAGGAGCUACAAUUGCUGGAGCUUCAGCGCUUAGCUGCCCGAUAGAAAAAACAAUUGUAUUUUGAGCCCCAGAGGAAAAGUAAUGCUGAAUCUACUGAAGUUUCCUGCAUGAAAAUUAUUUAAACAUUGCACACAAAUCUUUUGUGAAAGAAGAAAAGGAAAUUCAGUUUGUGGGUCUCAGCAGGAGUUAAGCUAAUGCAGCUUAAAAUAAUGCCGAAAAAGAAGCGCUUACCUGCAGGCAGAGUGCCCCUGAUUCUCUUCCUGUGCCAGGUGAUUAGUGCACUGGAAGUACCUCUUGAUCAUGGGGGAAAAGCAAAACUUCUUGAAGACUUGGUACAACCUCCAACCAUUACUCAACAGUCUCCAAAAGAUUACAUUAUUGACCCUCGGGAGAAUAUUGUAAUCCAGUGUGAGGCCAAAGGGAAACCUCCUCCAAGCUUCUCCUGGACCCAAAAUGGGACUCAUUUUGACAUAGAUAAAGAUCCGCUUGUCACCAUGAAGCCUGACUCAGGAACCCUCAUAAUUAACAUCAUGAGUGAAGGGAAAGCAGAGACCUAUGAAGGAGUGUAUCAGUGUACAGCCAGGAAUGAACGUGGAGCUGCCAUUUCUAAUAACAUUGUCGUCCGUCCAUCCAGGUCACCAUUGUGGACCAAAGAAAAACUUGAACCAAUGACACUUCAAAAUGGCCAGCCUUUGGUGCUUCCCUGCAGACCCCCAGUUGGAUUACCACCACCUAUAAUAUUCUGGAUGGAUAACUCCUUUCAAAGACUCCCACAAAGUGAGAGGGUUUCCCAGGGUCUGAAUGGAGACCUGUAUUUUUCCAAUGUUCUCCCAGAGGAUACCCGUGAAGACUACAUCUGUUACGCCAGAUUUAAUCACACUCAAACCAUACAGCAGAAGCAACCUAUUUCUGUGAAGGUGAUUUCAGUGGAUGAAUUGAAUGACACUAUAGCUGCUAAUUUGAGUGACACUGAGUUUUAUGGUGCUAAAUCAAAUAGAGAGAGGCCACCAACAUUUUUAACUCCAGAAGGUAAUGCAAGUAACAAAGAGGAAUUAAGAGGAAAUGUCCUUUCACUAGAGUGCAUUGCAGAAGGACUGCCUACCCCAGUUAUAUACUGGAUAAAAGAAGAUGGAACACUACCCAUCAACCGGACAUUUUAUAAGAACUUUCAGAAGACUCUGCAGAUCAUUCAGGUUUCAGAAGCAGACUCUGGAAAUUACCAAUGCAUUGCAAAAAAUGCAUUAGGUGCCAUUCAUCAUACCAUUUCUGUCACAGUUAAAGCGGCUCCAUACUGGAUCAUGGCACCUCAAAAUCUUGUGCUGUCCCCAGGAGAGGAUGGGGCCCUAAUCUGCAGAGCUAACGGCAACCCCAAACCCACAAUUAGCUGGUUAUCAAAUGGAGUUCCAAUAGAAAUUGCCUCUGAUGACCCCAGCAGAAAAAUAGAUGGCGAUACCAUCAUUUUUUCAAAUGUUCAAGAAAGAUCCAGUGCGGUCUACCAGUGCAAUGCCUCUAACGAAUAUGGAUAUUUACUGGCAAAUGCAUUUGUAAAUGUGCUGGCUGAGCCACCGCGAAUCCUUACGUCUGCAAACGCACACUAUCAGGUCAUUGCAAACAGGCCUGCUUUCCUGGACUGUGCCUUCUUUGGGUCUCCUCUACCUACCAUUGAGUGGUUCAAAGGAGAUAAAGGUAGCGCUCUUCAUGAAGAUAUUUAUGUUUUACAUGAAAAUGGAACUUUGGGAAUUCCUGUGGCCCAAAAGGAGAGUACAGGGACUUACACAUGUGUUGCAAAGAAUAAGUUAGGAAUGGCAAAGAAUGAAGUUAACUUAGAAGUCAAAGAUCCCACUAGGAUCAUUAAACAGCCUGAAUAUGCCGUCGUGCAAAGAGGGAGCACAGUGUCCUUUGAAUGCAAAGUGAAGCAUGAUCACACCUUAAUCCUCACUGUCACGUGGCUGAAGGAUGACCAUGAGCUGCCCAGUGACGGAAGGUUCACUAUUGACAAGGAUCAGUUGGUGGUAGCUGACGUGGGUGACGAUGAUGGCGGGACCUACACCUGUGUGGCCAACACCACUCUGGACACCGUCUCUGCCAGCGCUGUGCUUGGUGUCGUGGCUCCUACUCCAACUCCAGCUCCCAUUUACGAUGUCCCAGAUCCUCCCUUUGAUUUAGAAUUGACAGAUCAACUCGACAAAAGUGUUCAGCUGUCGUGGACGCCAGGCGAUGACAACAAUAGCCCUAUUACAAAAUUCAUCAUUGAAUAUGAAGAUGCAAUGCAUGAGGCAGGCCUGUGGCAUUACCAAGCUGAAGUUCCUGGGACACAGACCAGAGCUCAGCUGAAGCUGUCGCCUUAUGUGAACUACUCCUUCCGAGUGAUGGCAGAGAACAGCCUCGGCAGGAGCUUGCCCAGCCAGCCAUCUGAACAGUAUCUGACUAAAGCUGCAGAACCGGAUAAAAAUCCCAUGACUGUGGAAGGACUAGGAUCAGAACCUGAUAAUUUGGUGAUUACAUGGAAGCCUUUGAAUGGUUUCGAGUCUAAUGGGCCAGGCCUUCAGUACAAAGUGAGCUGGCGCCAGAAAGAUGGUGAUGAUGAAUGGACAUCUGUGGUUGUGGCAAACGUAUCCAAAUACAUUGUGUCUGGCACGCCAACCUUUGUUCCAUACCUGAUAAAAGUUCAGGCCCUGAACGACAUGGGGUUUGCUCCCGAGCCAGCUGCAGUCCUGGGGCAUUCUGGAGAAGACCUCCCAAUGGUGGCUCCCAAGAAUGUGCAUGUGAACGUGCUGAACGGUACCUUAGCUGAGGUGCACUGGGACCCGGUACCUCUGAAAAGUAUCCGAGGACACCUGCAAGGCUAUCGGAUUUACUAUUGGAAGGCACAGAGUUCAUCAAAACGAAACAGACGCCAUAUGGAGAAAAAGAUCCUUAUUUUCCAGGGCAGCAAGACCCACGGCAUGUUGCCCGGGCUGGAGCCCUUCAGCCACUACAUACUGAACGUCCGCGUGGUCAAUGGGAAAGGGGAGGGCCCCGCCAGCCCUGACAAAGACUUUAACACUCCAGAAGGAGUCCCCAGUGCCCCAUCUGCUUUAAAGAUUGUCAAUCCAACACUAGACUCCCUUACUUUGGAAUGGGACCCACCGAGACACCCGAAUGGCAUUUUGACUGAGUACACCUUAAAAUACCAGCCAAUUAACAGCACCCAUGAAUUAGGCCCUCUGAUAGAUUUGAAAAUUCCUGCCAACAAGACACGAUGGACUUUAAAAAAUUUAAAUUUCAGCACUCGGUAUAAGUUUUAUUUCUAUGCACAAACUUCAGCAGGAUCAGGAAGUCAAAUAACAGAAGAAGCAGUAACAACUGUGGAUGAAGGUAAGAUGGCAAUGGCAAGCCGACAGGUGGAUAUCGCGACUCAGGGCUGGUUCAUUGGUCUAAUGUGUGCUGUCGCUCUCCUUAUCUUAAUUUUGCUGAUCGUUUGCUUCAUCAGAAGAAACAAGGGUGGUAAAUAUCCAGUUAAAGAAAAAGAAGAUGCCCAUGCUGACCCCGAAAUCCAGCCCAUGAAGGAAGACGAUGGCACUUUUGGAGAAUACAGUGAUGCAGAAGACCACAAGCCUUUGAAAAAAGGCAGUCGCACACCUUCAGACAGGACUGUGAAAAAAGAAGACAGUGAUGACAGCCUCGUUGACUAUGGAGAGGGGGUGAACGGCCAGUUCAAUGAGGACGGUUCCUUUAUAGGACAGUACAGUGGUAAGAAAGAGAAAGAACCAGCCGAAGGCAACGAAAGCUCAGAGGCCCCGUCUCCCGUCAACGCCAUGAAUUCCUUUGUCUAAUUUGUAAGCUCUCUGCCAACACCCCGUUCCUCCAGGAUGUUUCUCUUCAGCCCUUGUGCGUCAGCCUUCUCAUACUAUGAACAUAGAGGCAGACAGCGAAUGUUCUGCUGUAUGUUAAUAUUAUGAGAACAGUUAGAGCAAGAACACAGCUCAGUCAAUUGAUAUGUUAAUGUGAACCGCAGUGCAAAGUGCAUACUUUUUCAUUCAAAAUAGGUAUUCUUGAUUUCCUCAGAACUUAUAAAAACAAUACAGCAUCAUCAACAGAUCAUGUUAUUUCAUCUUCAGGAUGCAGUUCAACAUGAUGCAUGAAAAAUGCUACAUCCAGGUAAAGGACAUACCUGUGUUUGUUAUUAAAACAUGGUUUGAUACUUUGUUUAUACUCGCCUCAGCUGAACCCCUAAAUCUGAAUUCCGUUUCAAUCGUCGAGAGUGUUACUCUAGUAUUCCCUAGAACUUCAAUGUCUUUGUGGACAUUGUCGUGAAAUUGGUGACUCUAUGUCUAGCUGUUAGUCUUCUGGGAGACUGUUAGGAACAGGAUGUACAGUAUAUACUUGCUAAAUGAGUUCAUUGUGACAAUUGCAUUUGCCGAUGCUUACUGAGACUCUGUUACCUGCUCUUUGCUUCUCUUACUUCGUAGCCUUCUCAAUAUCCCAGGUAUUCCAGCAGGACAGUGUUCACUUCUUACAUCAUCUCUAUGUUCAGUAGUUUUUAGGCAUCAACAAUGUGUAUUGCAAUGCACUUUGGCGUUUGUGCCAUACUGAAAGACUCCAAAAACAAAUCACUCCAAUUAAAUUUCAAAACUUCCUCCAGAAAGCACAGGGCAAGACACAUGCAGUGCCUUCAGACCGGAAGCAUUCCAUAACAUACUGCCUUCUGUAUUGUCGCUACAGUCUACUCAGAGUGCUAGGUUACUGUCAUUGUCUAAACGUAACUUUUAAAAAGCAGAGAUAAUGAAAACUGCAAUGCUGGAAAAAAAAGAAAUGUGAAAAUAAAACAAAUAAGACAGCUUAUUUUAAGGAGCAUUGUCCCCAUGUGUAUAUUAAAAAAAAAAUGCUUUAUCACCAA